AUGCGCCGCUUCAUCGGAAUAUGGACGUUGGUGGCGGUGUGUAACCGUGCCGUUCACGCCCAAGGCCUGCCCAGCUUCUCUCUACUAUCACCCAACUUCCUGAGUCCACAGUUCACCAAAAACCACAACCAGUUCAUCAAGAAUGGUCCCAGUAGUAAGGUGUACCAAAACUCGGCGGUUGUCAACUCGGUGAAUGGUUGCGCAUGCCCGGGAAGUAUUAAUGGUGUACCGCCGGUUCAUGUCACGUUAUGUAUUUGUAACAACAAUAAUAAUCAGAAACACUUGCCGGAUGUGACGGUGAGCAAGAAGGUGAGGGAAGAGGAAGAGGUUAGUGGGGAAUCACAUACUGUCAUCAUCCCGGAUGGUACGUAAGUUGGAUUUUUAAAUAUUUUGGUGUUUUUAGUAAUAACGUAGUAGGUUGUUCAUUUAAUUCUGCGCCCUCUCUCAAAGCAAAUUUUUGGGGUAAAGGGGCACAGAAUUAUGUAAACAACCUAAUAAGAAACGCUUGAUAUUCUCAGGUUUUCCAAAUAUGAAUGAGUCAUUUAAAGUGCCAACUUUGAAAAUUUUGGCUCAUUUAUAUUUGAACAAAUUACAGGGAAAGUGCCUAACAUGCCCGGCUUAGAAUUAGCUCACGAUUUUUAUAUAAAUUCUUUGUACCACUAAUAGUACCCAUAGAAAGCUUUAGCUUUCGUUUUUAAGCUUUAAAUUUAAAUAUUUGUUUUUCCCGCCAAUUUGGCAAAUUUGGCAUUGUGUUUCAAGCCUUUUUUGGAUUUUUAACACAAGCUACGCUUACAAAUUAAAAAAUGUAAGUUCAUUCAAAGAUUUUUUAGUAGUAUAUCAAAGAAAAACGCUUAUAAGUCAAAAAAGGAUAACGUUAUAAGCUUGAAACACAAUGCCAAUUUGGCGGGAAAUUCAAAACGUAAUUUUUUGAUAUCGAGUUUCUCGAGAUUUCCUGGAAAGCGCGAUUUUGUACUUUGCUGAAGAUCUUAUAUUUAAAUGACCUUUCUAUAAAUAAAGGUUGAAGUCAAUCAGAACGGGGCAGGUCAGGCACUUUCCUUGUUAGUAAAAAAGCGAGAAAAGCUUGAUAAUAUAACAAUUGUAUGGAGGGAAACGCCCGACCUGCCAUUCUUUGAUUGGCUUCAAACUUAUUAUAUAGAAAGACCAUAUAGAUAUAAGAUCUACAACAAUGUAUAUUUGAGCUACGCUUUCUAGUCAAUCUCAAAAAAAUCGAAAUCAAAAAAUUAGGUUUUUAAUUUUCUGCCAAAUUGGCAUUGUGUUUCAAGCUUAUAACUUUGUCAUUUUUUGACUUUUAAUUAUUUUUCUUUGAUAUACUAGUAGAAUACCUUUAAAUCAACCUACAUUUUUAAAUUUGUAAGCGUAGCUAGUGCGGAAAGUUGAAAAAAGUGCUUGCAACACAAUGCCACAAAUUUGCCAAUUUGGCGGGAAAUCAAAUAUUUAAAUUACUUAAAACUUAAAAGCGUGGGUUAAUACUUUUUAUGGGUACUAUUGGUGGUACAGUUAAUUCAUAUAAAAAUUUUGAGCUGGUUUUGAGUUGGGCAUGGUGGGUAAUUUCUUUUUGAGGGCGGGCGGAUGAGUACUUUCAUUAUAAGUGAGGGAGGCUGAGUACUUUCCUUGUGAGUAAUGUAAAAUACGACGAAUCGUUUGCAAAAAUUAUACAGAAUUACAUUUGCAGUAGCACCGCAAGACCUGUUGAAGAAGUUGGAGAAUACGAAAGUCCCACCCUCGUACAAGAUCAAGAAAGACAAGAGGCAUAA